AUGGCGGAACUGUUCGAGCAGGCACGGCACGAUGCUCUUCAACGUCUGAAUCAGACGCUACUCCAAAUCGACCCCUACAUACUUCCACCAUACCCAAACAUCUCACUAGUCUCUGGGCCACAAGAUCCUCCUCUACUGCAGAUAACAGUAUCGCAACUGCUUGCAAAGCAAGCCGGAUCUUUUGCCAAUCGCGAAUGCGUGAUAAUACCCUGGACAGGCGCGAGGUGGACAUACCGUGGAUUAUGGGAGCAAUCAAACCUCUUAGCACGUGCGCUGCUACGAUACGGCAUUCGGCCAAGAGAUAGAGUCGGCAUAAUGAGUGGAAACUGCGAGAAGUAUGUUGCAGUAUUCUUUGCUUGCGCAAGGGUUGGUGCAAUAUGUGUCACACUGAACAAUACAUACACCGCGACCGAGGCGGAGUACGCGCUGAAGCAUACCAAGUGUAGACUGCUAUUCACAAGUGAGGAUGUCGGCCGAUUCGACAACCGACCCUUUCUCCAGAGAUUGAAGAGCGAAGAUGUAAUGGAGGAGCUCCCAGACCUGAAGACCGUGUGCUUGAUACGAGGCCAAGAUGAGGACUUCGUCAAGUAUGAAGAGUUCAUUGGCGAGGCGCUAUCAAUACCGGAGCACAUCUUGGAUAUCUUUGACGGCGUCAUAAGUCCUUACGAUAUUGCGAAUCUACAGUUCACAAGCGGUAGUACGGGAAACCCAAAGGCAGCAAUGCUCACACACCACAACCUCGUGAACAAUUCGCGAUUCAUUGGCGACCGUAUGCAACUUACCCCCGAUGACACGCUCUGCUGUCCACCGCCUCUCUUUCACUGCUUCGGCCUCACACUAGGCCUCCUUGCCACGAUAACACACGGCGGUCGCUUUGUGUCACCCGCCGAGUCCUUCGACCCCGAAGCAACAAUGCACGCUAUAUCCGACGAGCGAUGUACGGCUCUACACGGCGUACCGGCCAUGAUGGAGGCCAUCGUCAACCUACCCAAGCCCGAAGGGUGGAGCUCAGAGCUGCGCACAGGCAUUGUUGCCGGUAGUCCAGUGCCAAAGUGGCUGAUGGAACGCAUGGUGAACGAACUUGGAAUGAUAGAAUUCACAUCGAGCUAUGGCCUUACAGAAGCAAGCCCGACGGUAUUCAACGCGCACAUCACAGACUCUUUGCACACGCGACUUACGACAGUCGGUACCGUCAUGCCCCAUGCACGCGUCAAGAUAGUAGAUCGCGACAAUCGGAUCGUGCCCAUUGGAGUACGCGGUGAGCUCUGCGUGGCGGGAUACCAGGUGUGCAGAGGUUACUGGGAGAAUUCUGCAAAGAGCGCGGAAGUAUUGGUCCGGGAUGACCAGGGCGAGCUAUGGUUGCACACUGGAGACGAGGCUGUGCUGGACGUGGAUGGCUACUGCACCAUUACGGGCCGCUUCAAGGACAUCAUCAUUCGUGGCGGCGAAAACAUAUACCCGCUCGAGAUCGAGGAGCGCCUUGUAUCGCAUCCGUCCAUUGCGCGUGCCAUUGUUGUCGGUAUAUCGCAUCCCAAGUACGUCGAGGUACCCGUCGCGUUCCUCCAGCUUGAAGAUGGCACCCAAAGACCGGGCUUGGAAGAGGUCAAGAAGUGGGUCAGGAAGGUCCUAGGCAGGCAUAAGGCGCCGACCAAGGUGUUUUGGUUGGGAGAGGAUUGUGAUGCUGAGGUUCCGCUAACGGGGAGCGGGAAGGUCAAGAAGUUUGUGCUGCAGGGUGUUGCAGAGGGUCUAGUCAAAGAAGGAAAAUAG